AUGGAGCCUCUGGAGGAGCUGCAGUGUCACUUCACCUGGGAGCUCAAACGCAGCCGCUUCAUCCUGUUCUCCCUCAGGGACCGACUGGAGGACCUCGCCCCCGAAGAGAGCGCCACCUGGAGGGGGCAAAACUACAACCUGCAGGGCUUCCUCCAGCACAGACUGGGGCGCUCCUCAGAGGCCCUCAGCUUCCUGCGCUCGGCCUCAGAGGCCCUCAGGGGCCCCGGGCUCCUGGUGAACUACAGCGACCUGGCCUGGCUGCACCACGAGAGGGGAGCGCACGAGCAGAGCCAGGAGUACCUGAGCAGAGUGGAGGCGCUCAGGAGAGAGUACCCCACAGAGGGGGAGCACCCCGAGGUGCUGGCGGAGAAGGCCUUCAGUCUGAUGGAGUUUUACAACGACAAGAAGCUCUUGGCAGCCGAGCUGUUGGACGAGGCUCUGAGGCAGCAGCCGGAGAGACGGGAGUGGCUCAGUGCUCAGGCCGUGGUCCUCGUGAGCGCCCACAGACACAGCGACGACGUGGACGAGAAGGUACUCCUCAAGAUAAAACGAGCCAUGGACAGGGACCCAGAGAACCUGCAGCUGCAGGCGGAGUACCUGAACCUGCGAGUGCAGAAAGAGGAGAGCGAGCAGAGCGCCCACAGAGGGGGGCAGAGCGCCCACAGAGGGGGGCAGAGCGCCCACAGAGGGGAGCAGAGCGCCCACAGAGGGGGGCAGAGCGCCCACAGAGGGGGGCAGAGCGCCCACAGAGGGGGGCAGAGCGCCCACAGAGGGGGGCGGGGCUGGGGCACAGGGGAGGAGCUGAGGGCAGAGGUGUCCGCUCUGGCCUCUCAGCUCCUCCAGAAGCCUCAGACUUUACUCAGAGAUAUAAAGUGUGUUCUGGAGCUGCAGAGGAGGGCGGGGCGUGUGGACGAGGCCGUGGCGUUGGCGAACGCCGCUCUGAGGAAACGUCCCGACAGUCGGUACCUGAAGGCCUCCCUCGCCGAGUGCCUGAAGUGGCAGCUGGACCAGCAGGGGGAACGUGCGAGUCAGGAGCUGAUGGAGCAGGCGGCGGAGCUGCUGGGGGAGGUGGCCUCUCUGUACCCGGAGUCCUGCCUCAGAACUGAGUUGGACCGAGCAAACGUCUACGCCAAGUCCAACCGCGGCCUGGCACAGGCCCAGCGCCUGUACCAGGACCUGCUCCUGCGGGACCUGGAGACCGUGUCCAGACAGAUGGUGCUCAACCAGUACGCCAAGUUUCUGAAACAUGAGCGACACGAUUAUGUGAAGUCCAUGGAGUACCACAUGAGGGCGGCAGAGAUCCCCUCGCCCUCCUUCUACAGAACCAACAGUAUCACAGUUUUACGCAGACUCAGCCCCAGAGACGAGCGUCUGCGCAGACGACUCCAACUCUUCCUCAGGGACCUCCAGGACUCAUGA